UCGGGCGAGUGGGGAAGCAUGAGAGAACGAAGAAGACCCCGCCCAUGGGGGUGGAUAAUUCACAAUUUUCAUUGGUUCACAACGGGGGUAGUUAUAAUAGUGGGCGGAACUCCACAGUUUCACGCCAGAAUCCUCGAACCAACGUCAGCCCGGUGGAAGCUCGGGGUGAGUUUCACCUCGGACUCACAACUCGGAUGAUUACAUCGGUACUCGGGUCCCUAUCACUUUACGUAUGAUUAUCAAGUGUUAAACAUUUUUCAAUAAUUCUUAGUUUUUCAGACAACGAAAUUUUGUGAGUUUUCGGAAUUUUUAUUUUAUUUUUCUUCAAUGACGCAGAAGUGAAUGGUUUUUCAUUGGAUCAAGCGAGAUUUUGGUGGACAGGAUGGACGGUGCGGCAGUAUUGUCACUGCCACCCCUUGGUACCCAGAAGCCCGUGCAAUCCAACCCCCAGUCGCAACCGCACGCUAAACCGAAUCAGGAGUUACAGGUCGGUUCAGUUGCCCUCUACGGGAUUCACAUAGUCUCCCUGGUGAUCGAGGGCCAGGAGCGUCUCUGUCUAGCCCAAAUAAGCAAUACCCUGCUGAAGCAGUUCAGCUACAACGAGAUUCACAAUCGCCGAGUGGCCCUGGGUAUCACCUGCGUCCAGUGCACUCCCGUACAGCUGGAGAUCUUGAGAAGAGCUGGUGCAAUGCCCCCCUCCUCCAGAAGAUGUGGAAUGAUAACUCGGCGAGAGGCCGAGCGUCUCUGCAAGUCCUUCCUCAGUGACAAUGCACCUCCAAGACUACCAGAGGACUUUGCCUUCUCGGUGCAUCACGAGUGUGGCUGGGGGAGCCGGGGUGCCUUUCUUCCGUCGCGAUACAACAGCUCCAGGGCCAAGUGCAUCAAGUGCGCCUACUGUGGCCUCUUCUUCUCGCCGAACAAGUUCAUUUUCCAUUCACAUCAGACUGGCCUGGGCAACAAAUACGUAGAGCCCGACGCCGCCAACUUCAACUCCUGGAGACGACACAUGAAGCUGUCAGGCUCACCACCGGACGAGGUUGUUCAUGCUUGGGAGGAUGUCAAGGCGAUGUUCAAUGGAGGGACUAGGAAGCGCCUCCUGGCGAAUCACGACUCCAGGGAUUCACCGAAUGUCAGGAGAGGUAGAAUGUCCCCGAGUACACCAGUUCCACCAGCUAUCACCAGCUCCAUAUCUGCUCCUCCUGCUCACCCGGUGCAUCCCAGAGUGCCACCGUUUCCCGAGCAACCGUUGCCCUUGCCCAGGAGCUUGAUGAUGGACUACCUGUGGCGGCAACAUCAGCAGGUUGUCGCUGCUGCCAAGACACCGGGUUUCGCCUUCCACGCUUACACCAUGCCGUGGCUCAAAAGGCCUGUCCUCCUUUCAGGACCUCUACCAUUGCCCUUAACCGGAACUGAUGCCACUGAUCCUCUGUUACCACCACUCACCCCAACUCCUCUUCACCUAUCAGCUUUCCGUCCAGUAAUUCGACCGUCGCCCGACGUCGAAGCCGCAGCCACCGAUGAACCCGAUGGUAAUAUUGAUAAAGGCGAGGAUUCAGACGGUGAAGUAGAUAUCGAGACCACCGAGGACGAUGAUCAAUCCAUUCGGAAUCAUGUUGCUAAUUCCAUUAGUGUUAAUCAAAGUGCUAAGGACAGUUCAUCACCUCAGUGUUGGAGUCCAGCGCGUGAAACCGAAAGAGAAGCUGAAAAAUUAGCAGAAGAAUCAUCUCACAUUCGUGAUGUGAAACCGGAGAUUCAUCAGACAAAAAUAUCUGAAACAUGGCAUGGAAGUGCGUUCUAUCGGCACUUAAAUAUUCUCAAAGGUGGAGAGUCAACAGAUCGACCAACGCCAGACUGCUCAGCAUGUAGACCCAAUCGAAUGUUUUAUGGACAAAUUAACAGUCCCCCAGCGUCCACUAAUUAACCCGCAGUAAUCGAUUCCUGAAUUCAUUAAUGAAAUUUCGAAACGCAAAACAAUCUUUUUCCAUGAGAUUUCUCCAUCAAAUCUCUAGUUUUCUUCUAGUCUUCUCGAAUUACUCGUAAUCACCACAACAUUAUAGUGUAGAUAUUAAUUACCCGACUGUACAUAGUUACGAUAAUCAAGAAAAAUGCAAGUUACGAUCUCAAGUCUUUCGCACUGCUUCAUGAGUAUUGAAAUAAGAUGUUGAAUUAAAUUAUUAAGAACGAAUUCUGAGUCUGGAGAUUCUAGUCAUUCUAUUCUAGUCAUUAAUUGAUUAUUGAUAAUUGCGGAUUUUUGCGCAUCGUGUAAAGUGAUAUUAAUGGUGUAUUUACUAAGAAUAAUCAAUGUUACU